AUGUCAAAUGUUCUGAUUUCAGAUCGGGAACAGUUCCAGCUGGGAAGCCUAUCGCAUUAUUUGAAUCAGCGUUGUGCUCGUUAUCGCGAUUUACCGCAAUUUCCGGAUGUUGCUCCGGACCCAUCAGUAAGGAACACUUUGCAAGUGGAUCAUAUCUGCAAUGAUGUUCGCAUUGCACAUGAAGCUGAUGUUGAAGAGGAAGAGGAGGAUGAAGAAGAGGACGAGGAUGAGGAAGAUUUUUAUUCGGAUGACGAUGAAGAAAGUGAUGUUGAGCAAACCGACGAAGAACAUGAAGGUGCUGAAGCUGAGGUAAUAUAUGAUAGGACUUUCUUACAGUUUCGUAGAACGAUAACAGGCAACCUCGAUUUAUUGCUAGACCUGAACUUUGAUCCGUUGCCCGUCACAGCUGGAACCGUUGUGGAAGCGAAAUUGCUGAAAAAAUCCUUCGUGCCACUUCUCAGUCAUGCAGCAUGGCCAGUUGGAGUUGCCGUUGAUCUGUGCUUUCCACGUGAAGGCAAAUCUCCGUUCUCGUCGUCGAUGUGUACUGUUUUAUUGAAGUUCACAAAUCGCUCGGAUGUUACGUCGCCUGUAAUCACAGCGACACCAAAAGCUGCAGAUGAAGCGUUAACGAGUGGUUCAGUUGAAGUGGAGGAAUUAGCGCCCGGUGAAGAAACGGUCAAAAAAAUUGCCAUUGAUUUUGGCGAUAGUAAACGAUCAUUUGAUUGGGUGAUAAAUGCGCAGAACACAGGCAAUGAUGUGACGGUAACAAUUGAAGCACCGAUGGGUGAGCAAAUCGAACCGCUGGCAAUGAGUGAAGAGCAGUUCAUCAAUGCUGUGCUACGCCUCAGUGGAAUGCAGGAGCAUUGUGGGCAUUUGAAAAAACCGCUGAAACCAAACGAACUCUAUGAAAUCGCAAACUGCACGAAUGUCACUGGUUCCGAAGUACAUUUUUGUGCGCAAACGCUAUCGAAAAAACAGCAAGUGCUGAUAGCGUUGGAACCAAAACAAGUUCAUGUUCAUUGCGAAAAUAUCGUGCUCGCUUCACUGCUUUGUGACGAUAUUGUCAAAAAAUCAACGCAUAUCGCCGCAAGUUGCUGA